AGCAGAGCCAGAUGGGCUCUGAGGUCACUUCCAGACCAAGCCCUCCUGGGAUUCUGUGGCAGCACUGUCACCCCAAAUCUUGUUUUCUGGGAAUAACCCUGGGAAAACGCUCCGGGGCCUGGCUGUGCUCUGCUUUUCCCAGCACUGGGUGCAGCUGCCAUAGGAAUGCGCCCAGAGGGACGGCGGCACAGCGGUCCCAGCGUUGGGGAAUCCCGGGAAUGCCCGCGAUCCUCACGGAAGAGCUUCUCGCUUUUAUUCUCCUUUAUUUCCCAUGGGACAUUAGGCCUCUCCCGGCACCCCCCGUCCCGCUGCCCGCAGUGGUACAGCCCGCCGGCGCGCGCCGGUGGCGUCACCGCGCGUCGCCCGCGCCACCCGGAAGCGCUUUGGAGGCGGCGGCGGCGGCGGAAAAGCGGCGCGUGCGGCUGGUUUUGUUGGUGGCCGGACCCGCCGCGGGGGCUCGUACGCGACUCCCGCGGGGGCCUCCGCUCGCCGUCCCGCGAUCGGCCCCAUGGCCUUCAACUUCAGCGCCACGGCGGGAGCCGGGGCCGCCAACCCGACCGGAUUUGGUGGGCUUGAAACUGCAAACUCCACGGCCAGUGGGUUUAAUUUUGGGGGUUUCGGAUUAACCGCUAAUCCCGCGGUGAAUUUUAAUAUUGGGAAUUUCGGUGUUUCCACUACCUCAACUCCACCUUUCAAUUUUGGUAACAGUCUGGCAAGCGCAGGUGCCUUCGGGGGCUUUGGGACCGCCACCACCACCGCGGCGCCGGCGUUCAGCUUCUCUGCUCCCACCAAUACCGGCACCGGCGGACUGUUUGGUGGUACCCAGAACAAAGGCUUUGGAUUUGGUACCAGUUUUGGCACAGGAACUGGAACUGGCUUGGGUAGUGGGCUGGGAACUGGGCUAGCCUUUGGAGGCUUUGGAACCCAGCAGCAGCAGCAGCAGCAGCAGCAGACCACGUUAGGCACCGGGCUGUUCAACCAGCCUGCCCAGGCACCCGCUCAGUCCAACCAGCUCAUCAACACAGCCAGCGCCCUCUCGGCCCCGACGCUGCUGGGAGAUGAGAGGGAUGCCAUUCUGGCCAAGUGGAACCAGCUCCAGGCCUUCUGGGGCACGGGCAAAGGGUACUUCAACAACAACAUCGCUCCCGUGGAGUUCACGCAGGAAAACCCCUUCUGCAGGUUCAAGGCUGUGGGUUACAGUUUAAUGCCCAACAACAAAGAUGAAGAUGGCCUCGUGGUCUUGGUGUUUAACAGAAAAGAAGCAGAUAUUCGAAGCCAGCAGCAGCAGCUCGUAGAAUCACUACACAAAAUUUUGGGGGGAAACCAGACCCUCACUGUCAAUGUUGAAGGUGUUAAAACGAUGCCCGAUGACCAGACAGAAGUGAUCAUUUACAUUGUGGAGCGCUCCCCCAAUGGCACCUCGAGGAGAGUUCCCGCAACGACCCUCUACGCCCACUUCGAGCAAGCCAACAUCAAAUCAUCCCUGCAGCAGCUGGGGGUCAGCCUGUCCAUGGCCAGGACAGAGCUGUCCCCAGCACAAGUCAAGCAGCUCCUGCAGAACCCUCCUGCCGGUGUUGAUCCUAUUAUAUGGGAACAAGCCAAAGUUGAUAAUCCAGAUCCUGAUAAGCUUAUUCCUGUGCCAAUGGUGGGUUUCAAGGAACUGCUGAGAAGAUUGAAGGUCCAGGAUCAGAUGACCAAACAGCAUCAAACUCGAUUAGAUAUAAUAUCAGAAGAUAUCAGCGAGCUGCAGAAAAACCAAACGACGACUAUGGCAAAAAUUGCACAGUACAAAAGGAAACUGAUGGCGCUUUCGCACAGGACCUUGCAGGUGCUAAUAAAGCAGGAGAUCCAAAGGAAAAGUGGUUAUGCCAUUCAAGCAGAUGAGGAGCAGCUUCGUGUACAGCUGGAUACCAUUCAGUGUGAACUUAACGCACCCACGCAGUUCAAGGGCAGACUGAAUGAGCUCAUGUCCCAGAUCAGGAUGCAGAACCACUUUGGAGCAGUGCGGGCUGAAGAGCGCUAUUACAUAGAUGCAGACCUCUUAAGGGAAAUCAAACAACACCUGAAGCAGCAGCAAGAAGGGCUGAGUCACCUAAUCAGCAUCAUCAAGGAUGACUUGGAGGACAUCAAGCUAAUAGAACAUGGGCUGAACGAGAGCAUUCCCAUCCGAGGGGGAGUCUUCAGUUGACUGGUGGAGGUUUACACAGAACGUGGUAGUGGAGUUCAUGGCUCACCUUCCAAGGCUAAAACUGUUGAGGUAAAAUAAAACAGAUAUCGUGUAGGAGAAAAAUGGUUUUUUGUCUGUUACUUCUAGAAUUAGCAAAGCCUCUUCUAAGCUUUUAAAAUUGACCUUUGGAAGGUUUAUAUUUUAUAAAGCUGUAUAUGCUUUAACAAAAGAAGGAAAACUGAAUCUGUUCAGAUACCAUUUUACUAUAAAACUAUAUGUACUAUUGUACAUUUUUUCCUUUUUUCUUCUUUUUUUACAAAAGCAUUGUCCUAAAAAAUGCAGUGCCGAGGGGAUUGUUUCGCUAACGACUCGGUUUGUGAAAGCUUAGCCUGCUUCCAUGUUUCUGUCAGAACAAUCAAGUAGCACCAUUGUGUAAACAGCUAACUUAAAUCAUUACAGAGAUGUUUGUUGCUGUAACUGUGUUGUUCUCUGCAAUACCAGUCGAUUACUGGGGCAAGCUCCAGAAAGUUCAUGUUUCCAGUUUCUGUCCUUCCUUUGGACUGCAAGGAUCUGAAGGUUAUGUUUUGAUCACUUUACAUAUAUGAAUAAUACAAAGCUUUGCUGCCCCUCUAAGUAACAGUAUGUCUGGAUGUUGUCUUCUGCCUUUUUUUUAAAUCACCCAAGAGUAAUAAAUUCAGUCUGACUUUGUAA